AUGAAUACCUCUCUCGGUCUCCCAAAUACCACCAAAAUGAAGUUGUCUCUCCUUACUUCCUUUGCGAUUGCACUCGCCUCUUUUGCCCGCGCUGCUGAUUCUGAAGAGCCACAGUUCCAAGUCAGAGCCGGGGAGGAUGAGGCCCCAAGAAUUCCAGGUAUGGACCCAAAAGUGGCUGCGGGUAUGACCGGUGAGUACGCCGAUCUCGGAUCGAGGCAGCCGUUCCAGUUCAAGAUCACUUACUCCAUCGAGGAGUUCCCAGAGGCGGAUGAAUCGACCGUUGUGGAAUUGUUCAACGGCGAGGAGAUCACCUUGAGCUACGAGUUCACCAACAAUGAGGAUGAGGAAGCCAGUGUCGUCGGGGUUGGUGGUUCCUUCCUUGACCCAAAGACUCAAGAGAUCGUUUCCAACAUCACCGACACCCAAUUGGGCCCAUUGAGCGUGGGUGCCAGAGAGUCUGUUGUGUUCAGACACAAGAUCAACCCUAAUUUUGAUCCGGGCAACUACGUCUUGAACCCAGUGUUGUACGUUCUCUACAACAACGGGUUGAUGAUGGUGGGCUCCAGACCACAGUUUGUGUCCCUUAAGGACAGAUACGUCUCCUGGUUCAACCCGCAGUUCUUGAUGGUUAUUUUGUUCUUACUCAGCAGUACCGCUGCUGUCGGUUUCUACGGCUACCAGUUCUACCAAAGUCUGGUUGCUGCCUCCACCACCAAAAAGGCUAAGAAGACUUUCAAGGUCACCGCCAAGGCUGCGGCCUCCGGUGUUGCCAAGAAGGGCCAGUACGACGAGGCCUGGAUCCCAGAAGGCCACUUGAAAAAAACCAAGAAGUCCAACUAG